AGACCGGAUGAGUGGAAGGAGAAAAGGAGGGACAGGGAGAGGGAACGAGCGAGUGAAGGAGAGGGAACAGCUCUCUGUUUGUGGAGCAGAACAGGACCAUGCUGUCAGGCGGUUGUGUAGUUUGGAUUGGAGUACUACUCCUGGUUCUUGGGGCUCCGAUGACUAGGGCUGUUGAAUUUCAACACCAUGGAUAUGAGGAGAUGGUGCGCACUCUGUUCUCCAUCCAUAGCCAGUGCCCAUACAUAACCCGCAUCUACAGCAUUGGUCGCAGUGUGGAGGGGCGCCACCUUUAUGUCCUGGAGUUCAGCGAUAAUCCAGGCAUCCAUGAAGCAUUGGAGCCGGAGUUCAAGUACGUGGGGAAUAUGCAUGGGAACGAGGUGCUGGGCCGCGAGUUACUCAUCUACCUCUCUCAGUUCUUCUGUGAUGAGUAUCAAGCAGGGAACCAACGGAUUACAGAGCUUAUCCACAACACACGCAUUCACAUUCUGCCCUCCAUGAAUCCAGAUGGCUAUGAAGUGGCAGCUAGGCAGGGUCCAGAGUUCAAUGGAUACCUGGUGGGCCGUGGGAAUUCCAGAGAUGUGGAUCUAAAUCGCAAUUUCCCUGACCUGAAUGCCCUCAUGUAUUACAAUGAGAAGAACAAUGGACUUAAUCACCAUUUGCCCCUUCCAGACAACUGGGAGCACCAGGUUGAACCAGAGACUCUUGCAGUCAUUAGAUGGAUGCAAAGUUAUAACUUUGUUCUGUCAGCAAAUCUGCAUGGAGGAGCAGUGGUGGCAAACUACCCUUUCGACAAAUCCAGAGAAGCCCGUAUAAGAGGCAGGUCUACAUAUUCUGCCACUGCAGAUGACAAGCUCUUCAAACAUUUGGCAAAGACUUACUCCUAUGCUCACAGCUGGAUGCAUAAAGGCUAUAACUGUGGAGAUUACUUUGAGGAUGGGGUUACCAAUGGAGCCAGCUGGUACACUCUGUCCAAGGGCAUGCAGGACUUUAACUACCUAUACACUAACUGCUUUGAGAUCACUCUGGAGUUGAGCUGUGAUAAAUUCCCCCCAGCAAGCACUCUGGCCAGAGAAUGGCUGGCCAACAGGGAGGCUCUGGUGUCCUACCUGGAAGAGGUUAACCAUGGCAUUAAAGGAAUGGUUUAUGAUGAGAAUAACAACCCUAUCAGCAAUGCAGUGAUCUCAGUGGCAGGCAUAAACCAUGACAUAACCAGUGGGGCAGACGGAGAUUACUUCCGUCUGCUUUUGCCAGGAACCUACAUUGUAACUGCCUUUGCACCAGGCUACCGGCCUUCAACCAGUACAGUGACAGUCGGACCUGCCGAGGCCAUACAGUUACACUUCUAUUUGAAACCAGCACCAAAAGAGACAAACUUGAAUGCAAGGGACCAUCAAGAUAAGAAAAGCUUCUCAGCAGCCAAAGUUCCUGCAGCCAACCUCGGUCCAAGAUAAUAAAAAAAAAGGGACAAGUUCCUCGAAAAUGUUGGCAAAGGAAGUUUAAACUAUUGCUGUUACAAACCACAUCACUGAAUCAUACUUCCUCAGUCCUCAGUUUGUCUUGGAUCCUUAAUAGUAUGUUUUUCACAAGAGUGUUCUAUUGAAAUGAAUUCACGUUCAUGUAACACUUAAGAAAUGCAUGUAUUAAAUAAUGUCAGAUUCAUAGAAAGGAAUCAGCAUAUAAUUCAGGAAAUAAUUUAGAUAAUAAUGCAAUGUUAUGAGGUGUCACAAGUAUUGUACAUCAGCACUUACAACGAAUUUAACAAUCUCCUUUGAUUAACAUUUUAUGCAGACCCAACACAAAAUGUAAUCAAGUAUAAUCAAAUGCAGCAAUGAAAUGGUCCUUAGUCAGUAUUGUCUUGAUUCGUUUGUGAUAUAUAUUACAACUUUUACAACUUUAUAUAUUACAACUUCAACAAAAAUGUGUUAAUAUAGAUAUCACAGACACAUUUACCUUUUAACAUGUACUAAGACUGUUACGGUAUCAGUAGGAUUACUGUAAAGCACUGAAUAUUUACAGAACUCUAAAGACCAAUUUUUAUACUGUGUAGUUCUACUCUGAUGUCUCUGAUUUGAGGAAAUUAUUACGUUUUAUGUAUUUUAAAGGAAUUAAUUAAAUUAAAGUAAUUUAUAAUUAGAGUAACAUGAAAAAUCCUUAAUAAUAAAAAGAAAAUUCUAUUGUUAGUAAAAUACAGAAAAUAAUAACUUCAGAAAGUUGAAAUAAAUCCAUUAAGAAAUCAGUA